AUGUCGGCUCGGCCCACUCCAUCCGCCGCACCUCAACCACCACCGCCCCAUCGCAAGCACGACUACUCCCGCGAAAUCGAGUCCAACCUCCAAGAGCUCGGCCUCCUGGGCUCCACCUCGCGCAAGAAGCCCCCCAGGAAGCCCAAGGGCGUCGAGUUCCGCACACCGGUGGUCCACGACAGCCUGCGCCCUCGCUCCCGCCAGUCCCAGCUCUCCUCCGACACCGCCAAACCCCUCUCCUCGCGCACCACCUCCUCCCACUCCCCCCAUCCGCGCUCCUCCAGAGGCAUGGCUGGCGUCCUCGACAUUGAGCGGACGCGCACCCGCCGCGAGAGGACCUUCAUUGGCAGCGAGUGCUCUGUGUGUGAAGAGCCUCUCGAGCACACUCUUCGCGGCGAGCGCAUCCUCCAGCUCUCUUGCGGCCAUGUCGCCCACGAGGCAUGCUUCUACGAAUACAUCCGCGAGUUCGAGUCGCAGACAUGUCCUUCCUGUGAGGCGCCAUUAGGCCUAGAUACUAGCAGAGGGGGGAAUGUCUUGGAUCUAGAAAAGCUAAGUACUCUGGUUCGCUCCGUGCAACACUCGGACGCAAGGGACAACAGCCGGAGUACCCAAGUUACCCCAACUCCCUGGGACACACAGACAGUCACUACUGAGAAUCCUCGAACUCGCGAUGGGCCAGAACUUCAGAACCGGCCGCCACCCCAGCAACAGCAACAACAUCAUGACCCACGAGGAGAUCACCGCCAGAGGGAGAGCAGCCACAGCCGUGAGAGCCGUGAGCGGUCAGAACGAAUGGGUUCAUUGUCCCGCCAGCACAACCGGAAUGACAGCGGAGCGACUGGAGCCGCAUCAUCCGGGGAUUACGCCGAUACCCACAAUCCUACCGGACGAAGACACGAUUACGAUGUGCAGUCCAUGGAAACGAGCCUCAGCAGCCCCCGCAGUCUGCUCAAGAAUCCAAUUCCAGCGCCCACAGUCACAGUCCGCAGCGAAUUCCCAACACUCAACCGGUCUCGCCAGCAGCAGAGCUUGACUUGUCUCAUUACUAUUGAGGUUGUGGAAGGCAAAUGGCGGCCAGAUCCGGAGGAUAUGCGCACCGUUCCGCCCCUUCCCUCAAUCCACCCAAGCGAAAAUUAUGGGAGGUCAAAAUCUCCGGCCCCCAGCCGAGCGCUCGACAGCUUGUACGAAUCUCCUGAAGUUCUGGACGAAGUAACAGAAGAUCUGCAUUCACGCGUGGACAAUUGGCACGGCCUGGACUUUUCAAGGUUUGGCAAGCUUCGUUUGCACGGCCACGUUCGGGUUGGCAAAGAUCGCCAGUCUUGGCAGGAACUCGAGUGCUACCUUUUCUCCGAGAUGCUCAUCUGUGUCAAGGAGAAGAAGGUGGCCCAAGCACCGCAAUGGGAUGGCGCCGAGUCGGUGAGCAAGAAGACGAAAUGCACGCUGAAAGGAUCUAUUUUGAUCAAGAAGCACCUCAAACAAGUGGAGCUCGCUCCUGAAGAGGCUAUUUUGACUCUGAGUCUUUCGGUGGCCGAACUACCCUCCUUUCAUCUCCAAUUCCAGAACCGCAACCAACUGGAACUAUGGAGACGAGCCCUUCUGGACAUCAACAUGGAACCGUCGGCCAGGAUAUCGGAUUACGACCACGACAACUCCGGAACAGACGAGGAUGACUACCGCACGAGCAAUUCCAAAAACAAGCGAGUUUCGUCUGCGAACUCGUCAUAUGGCGCGGCGAGGUCGACGAACACGGCCCCAACCGAGUACACGAAUUCGCGCGGUGGGAUGCCAGACCUGCGAGCUUCGUCGCCAAUCCAUGUACCUCUCGACAUUGUUGUUGUAAUCCCGGUUUCGUCCUCGAUGCAAGGCCUCAAAAUAAAUCUGCUCCGCGACGCCCUCAGGUUCAUGGUUUCGAAUCUGGGCGAACGGGACAGAAUGGGCCUCGUGACGUUUGGUUCCAGUGGGGGCGGGGUCCCAUUAGUUGGUAUGACCAGCAAGGCUUGGAAUGGCUGGUCGAAGGUAUUGGAUUCCAUACGCCCGGUUGGUCAGAAGAGCCUCCGCGCCGACGUCGUGGAGGGCGCCAACGUCGCGAUGGACCUGCUCAUGCAGCGCAAGUCAACAAACCCUCUCUCCAGCAUCAUGCUAAUUAGCGACUCGUCAACGUCGGACGCAGAGAGCGUGGACUUUGUGGUGUCGCGAGCUGAAGCUGCCAAGGUCGCUAUUCACUCCUUCGGGCUUGGCCUCACCCACAAGCCGGACACAAUGAUCGAGCUGUCGACGCGCACCAAGGCGUCGUACACGUACGUCAAGGACUGGAUGAUGCUGCGCGAGUGUGUGGCGGGCUGCCUGGGGUCGCUGCAGACAACGUCGCAUCAGAACGUGAAGCUAAAGUUACGGCUCCCCGAGGGCUCGCCCGCCAAGUUCGUCAAGAUUAGCGGGGCCCUGCAGAUCACGAAGCGUGCGACAGGCCGCGAUGCCGAGGCCUCAUUGGGCGACCUGCGCUUCGGCGACAAGCGAGAUAUCUUGGUUCAGCUCGCCAUCGCCCCCGACACAGCCUCACCAGAGCAGCUGCCCCAGGACCCCUGGGAGACGAUUGUGUCCGGCCUGGAGGCCCUGGGAGGCCCGCUAGACCAGGACGAUCAGCGCAGCCUAAGCGUGGAGGAGGUGCCGUUGAUCCAGGCCGAUCUCGUCUACGGUGACAUUCUUCGCGAGGGCUCCAUCUCCCACCUUCCUAGACCGUCACUGCUGGCGAUCACCAUGCUGCCCUCGGUGUCGAAGAAGAAUUCGACAGGACGGCCUUCGACGCCGCCUAUCCCACCUCAUCCGUCGGUCGUGCAGAGGCGGAUGGAACUACUGACAUCGGACAUGCUAACCCGGGCUCUAACACUGGUAUCCCGAGGGCAACACGAGCGCGCGCAUCACCUACUUAGCGAGACACGCAGUAUCCUGAAAGGCCUAGGGAAGGGAGGUCUACCACCGCUACCACCCCCUGGUGGCCCUCGAGGUAGCAACGGCCCCAGUGCCCCCAGCAGUGCUGGCCAAGCAUCUCCUAUGGUGGACGGCGCCGAUCGAGGCAGUGAACGACCUCGCACACCGUCACCCCACGCCGAAAACCCCUUCACCCCCGCCGCUGGCAUCGACGCAACAACCAUGUACGCUCUCGACGCCGAACUCGAAUCUUCACUCGAAUGGAUGAAUCACCCGGCCGUCUUCGGCCGCGACUCUCGGAAAGCCGUACUGCAGGCCAUUGGCGUCAUCAGCUCCCAGCGCGGCUACACAUUCCGGACGCCCUCGGAAUCGCUCUGGGCAGAACGCAUCACCGGCGUGAAACGGCUCUCAGAGCGGUCGCGGGAUUGGCGCGAGGCCGGAGAUGAGGCCCUCAUGGAAGAGAAUUGA